GCGGUCGUGGCCGAGGUCAAGGCCAAGGGCAGGAACGCCAUCGCCGUAUCAGCUGAUGUGUCGAAGGAUGAAGAGGUUAAGGCGAUGGUUGCGCAGACGGCGGAACGACUUGGCGGACUUGACGUGGUGGCGAAUGCAGCUUCCGCCGAGGAAUGGGAUCGCGUCAUGGCGAUCAACGCGCGCAGUGUCUUCCUCGCGUACAAGUAUGCAACCAAGCAGAUGAUUGCACAAGGGAGAGGAGGAAGGAUUAUCGGCGCAUCCUCAGUAGCAGGCAGAGUAGGAGGCCUUGAGCUUGCAGCUUAUACCGCAUCCAGAUUCGCGGUACACGGCAUGACACAAACUGGAGGUGAGCAUGCUCUCGACAACCCAAGAACUCGCAAAAAAAACAAGAUCACUGUCAACGCAUACGCGCCUGGAUUCAUCAAGACCCCAAUGAUCCCUGGUUCCGCACUCAGAAAGACAUUGGGGAUGCCAGACAUGCCUGAUGCGGGCCCGGAGGUUGUCGCAAAUCUCGUGUCCUACUUGACAAAGCCGGAGUCGUACUUGUAACAGGGCAAACAAUUUCUAUGAAUGGGGGCACAUGCUUCGACUGAGAAGCUGUAUUGGUUCGUAAAUCUGUACAACGACGUUGUGGUACCGUCCGUCGAUUCCUAGUUAAUCAUAGGGGCCAGUUCAUGUAAAUUGUAUCGUAGUCAGAGAAAGUACUUGUACACUAGGCAGAGCCAAUGGCAUCAUGUGCAACGUCAGUGGAAAUCGUUCAGAUACCUCGACCUUCCGAGUGGUGUGAAUGCGGAGAGCGUCCUCCUCACUGUAGCUUGACAGUCCGGACUUUUGAGUGGACGAACUUUCGGUCACCAAAUCGCGUUGUGUUGCAC